AUGGCUUCAUUCGACAAGAAAGUGAUUGCCAUUACAGGCGCAGCCAGUGGUAUGGGCCUCGCCACAGCCCGGCUGCUUGCAUCCCGCGGUGCCUCACUCUCCCUAGCCGAUCUGAGUGAGGUUAAGCUGCAGAAGGUCAUCACAACCUUGCCGGGUGGGACUCAAAAACACCUCGCCAUAGCUGUUGAUGUCCGUAGCCCAGCCUCUGUUCAGACGUGGAUCGACAAGACGGUUGAGAAGUUUGGUAAACUUGAUGGCGCCGUCAACAUGGCUGGUGUGCUCGGCCCUUCUCACACCUCUAUUUUGGACACUACCGAGAAGGACCUCGAUUUUGUCAUGUCUGUCAACGUUAACGGCGUCUUCAACUGUCUCAAGUCGCAGAUCAAGGCCCUUGAACAAGGUGGUGCUAUCGUUUCUGCGGCUAGUAUCUCUGGCCAGGUGGGCCUCCCCAAUAGCUCUAUCUACUGUGCCAGUAAGGCUGCGGUCAUCUCCCUCUCCACUGCCGCCGCCAAGGAGAAUGGUCAUCUCCGCAUCAACUGUGUUGCCCCUGGUGUCGUCUAUACCCCAAUGUCUGCGGAUCAUGACCCUAAGCGUGUAGAGAAUGGCCUAAUGGCCAACGCUCAAAGAAAGAUGGGCAGCGCCGACGAAGUAGCCACGGUGAUUGCGUUUUUGCUGAGCGAGGACGCCAGCUUCGUAACUGGCGCAGUAUACAAUAUUGAUGGCGGAUGGAUUACUUCGGGUAAAACUUCGGGUCAGAGCAAACUGUGA